AUGACAGGGAGAGGCCUUGCCACCGGUUUGGGAUCCCCCUCAUUCGAUGGUGAAGCUCGAUCGCUCGGAAGCCACAACAAACAAGAGUUGCCGUCUGUAGUAGCUGGCCUACAGCGCGUUCUUGGAGUGAGCGACACUUCUCAGCUGGAUCUGGUGAAAUUGGAAGAGUACAUUGGGCUCCUGCAAAGGCAAGUCAAGCAGUUGGAGGCUGAUCGCAAGGAUCAGCCUCCAUCUAGAUUACAGAUCUUGAACCGCAUCAGAGAAACGCACUAUAUCAGUCGCAAAGGUCGCACCGAGGUCGAAACUAAGCUUUCCAUGCCAUAUUUCGACGAGCCAGAAUGGGUUCUGGGGCAGGGUGCCGAGCGUCAGCUCCAAUGCAAGCUGCCCCUACACAAUUUCGACCUAUACCUGGAGAAGAACAAGGACGUAUCAUUCAUCGUCUACCGCAACUUCGACCCAUUUUUGGUUGACAAUGCUGGCUUGCGCACUACCAACAGGGGCAACAGAGGCGCUGGCCUUUUGCCUGAGUUGCACCCACAACCCAAUAGCGAGACCAUCCAACCUAUAAGUCAAGCACUAAUUAGUGCAAUAGAGAACAUCCUGGGAACUCGAGAGGAGUAUUCGACUGUACUGCAACAGUUCCAGUUGUCAAGGGAACUUAAGGCUCCGUAUUUGUUCAUAUACCAUAGCCGGAAAGAUCUCGAUGCCAUCCAAGAAAACUUCUCUCCUGAAGCCUGCAAAGAGGUGUCACUCCUUCUAGACUACAUCAAAUCCCAGUACGGCGACAAGUACGCAACCGCCGAUGCGCUCUUCGAGCGGGGAAAGAUAACGUCAGAUUAUAUCCAUUAUGUCUUCAAACCAGGUGACAUCUUGGUACAGCGAGAGGACGGCCGCUACAAGGCGUUCGUGGCUACAGGUUGGCCAUCUAUGGGGUCCAUCAAGUAUGCCUCACGUCUGGGGAGCCGUGCAAUCCAAGAUCGGGGCCUGCCUCUGUAUGGUACUGAAGAAGCCUCGAUGCGAAUCAGGCAUGAGAAGAUCAAACUUCAAGACUGGUCGGUGACUGGCUGGCAUUGGGCUUUUGAUGGUAACUUCCAACGCGAGCAUAGCUCGCAUUACUUUGACAUCGAGGUCGAGAAAGUUGACAAAUGGGACAACGCCACAUCUUCAAGUGCCUGGCAGAAACGGCGAAUGGAAGAGCCGAAGCCAAAAGAGUCUGAGAUCACCGAUCUUCAGGUAUUUCCCAUCAAGUAUGCCAAUGCUGACCUCGUCGACACUCUCCGUAAGCGGGGUAGCACCUUCUGGAAGUGCCGCAACCGACGGCUUGUUUCGUACAUGCAAACUGACAGAUUUGGUGCCCAGAACAUGGCUGAAGAACGCUACAUGGUCGACCUUUUGACUCACUCCAGCUUGCAUAAAGAUAACGUCUAUGCCAGUCGAAAAUUGGAGGAUGAACUUGGUGCUGAAGCGCUAGCCAAGGAUGAACCGCCCGAUGAGAAGUUUAACUUCUUGGUCCCCGAGAAAUGGCACGACCUCGAAGUCGAUCGGAUCUCAGAGGUUCAAUGGAAUGUCGAAGCGUUUCAGAGUCUCGUCAUCGAUCGAAAAGCCAAGGACCUGAUCCGAGCUCUUGUGAGCAAACAAGUUGCAGCCGAGAAAGGCACUGAUCUGAUUGAGGGCAAGGGGAACGGCCUCAUCCUUUUGCUACACGGUGGGCCAGGAACCGGGAAGACGCUCACAGCAGAAAGCGUCGCUGAAAUAGCCCAAAAGCCGCUAUAUCGUGUUACUUGUGGAGAUGUGGGUACCAAAGCUGAAGACGUCGAGAAGUAUCUUGAGUCGGUUCUUCAUCUGGGGAAAAUCUGGGGUUGUGUGGUGCUGCUGGAUGAGGCAGAUGUAUUCCUGGAACAAAGGAGCCUUGCGGAUCUGCAAAGGAACGCCCUUGUGUCCGUCUUCCUGCGAGUAAUGGAGUACUACGAGGGGAUCCUGGUACUCACGAGCAAUCGUGUGGGAACGUUCGAUGAGGCAUUCAAGUCAAGGAUCCAGCUCGCCCUUCAUUAUCCAAGCCUGGGGAAUUACCAACGUCUACGGAUCUGGGAGAACUUUAUCAAACGGCUCGAAUCCUUCGAUGACAAUACCAUCGACAUCGCGGACUUGCGUGACCAUCUGGAGGUUCUGUCCAAGGAGAAGAUGAAUGGCCGACAAAUUCGAAAUGCCAUCACAACUGCCAGACAGUAUGCUGAAUGGAAAGGCACAAAGAUGACCUACGAGCAUUUGAAGGACGUCAUCGAAGUCGCUGGCCGCUUCGACGAGUAUCUCGACAAGCUGCAUGACGGAUUCACAGCAGACCAGCUCGCAGAGGACGAAGGAUUGAGACUUGCUUGACACUGAGACCAGCGGUGACAUAUAGAAUGACAACUUUCUUGGCCUUUGUGACGGCACCCUAUACCUGACCCCUUGAACAUAUCACCCUAUUUAUGAUUUGGUUUCGACAGGCUGCUCAUCGUCUCAUGUCCGCAAGUCCAAGAGGUCGGUCUGAUUCUACUUACAGUCCCGUCAGCGCCGCCAGUACCUAUUGGGAGCUCACUAUUUCUUACUAUAUACUAGAAGAAAUC